AACGUUAAUGGGUUGACGUAGCCGGAAGUGUCGCGGCUUUUUAGACUGCUAGUUUUCCUCUUUCAUUAUUGGACUUUAAUGUGUAUUGUGGUCAUUUUAGCGAAAAAUAUUCGUGUUUUUUGCUCUAACGAGGCGCCUAAAUGGGUUUAUUUGACACAGAGCGAACCCGGAGCACGUGACGCUGGUUGAAACCGUAAAAUCUGAACGGAAGAAUGAAGAGCAGACAGAAAGGCCUUGUUGUUUACUUCAGCGGUAAAUUGACGAGGGGUUUGUAUCAGUAUUAUAGUAACAGUGAUGUAAAGCUUAUUGGGAUAUAGAUAUUCUAUUUUUGGUCGAGUUUUGGGAGUUUAAAGAUGGAGGAGAAAUACAGCAGCAACGUCCUGUCAGGCCAGCUGGGAAUGGUCGAAGUACCUGACUCCAGGUUGACCCGCUACAUCGUUCUGCUCGUCGUCUCAAAGCUCCUCAAGGCGUUGGGGAUCUUUGAAUCCUACGACAUCCUCAAAGUCGUUCAUAUAGUCCAGUUCAUCUUUAUAUUAAAGUUAGGGAGUGCUGUUUUUCUGCUUUUCUUUCAAAAACCGUUUUCAUCUGGGAAAGUUAUCUCUAAAGGACAGUGGAUAAAGUUGGUGAAACAUGCGGUCUGCAGCUGCAUCGUCUCCCUCCUGGGGUUCUUCGGUCUGACCCUCUGUGGACCUUUGAGGACGUUGUUGCUAUUUGAGCACAGCGACGUGGUCGUCAUCGCCCUCCUCGGUGUUCUGUUCACAAACUCUGGAGGAGGACCGGCCAAGACCCGAGGAGCAGCGUUCUUCAUCAUCGCUGUCAUCUGCCUCCUGCUCUUCGACAACGACGACCUGAUGGUGAAGAUGGGGGACCACCACCCUGAGGGGCAUCACGACAGCGCGCUCACUCACUUCCUCUACACGACCAUCUCUCUUCUCGGAGUCGCCGACCACAAAGGCGGGGUGGUGCUGCUGGUGGCCUCUCUGUGCCUGAAGGUGGCCUUCCACACGGCCUCCAGGAAGCUAUCCGUGGAGAUCGGCGGCGCCAAACGGCUCUACGCCCUCGACAACCUGCUCUGUGCCGCGGUGCUGCUGCCCUGGGUCGUUGUGCUGUCGGCAACCACGGAGAGUAAAGUCGAGUCGUGGUCUCCUCUGCUCCUGCCGUUCGGGAUGAUCGUCUUCUCCGUGUCCGUCCUGGAGUUUUACGUGGAGUCCGUCUGCAGCGCCAAGAUGGAGGCGCCGCGGUGCGCCCGCUACGGCGCCGCCGCCCUCUUCCUGAGCGCGCUGCUGCUGGCCAACUUCUGGACGCACCCGAUCACCGACCAGCUCCGGCCCGUGAGCACGCCGCAGCAGGGCGGCACGGAGCACGUGCUCUCCGGCGGCGUGAUCGUCAGCGCCGUCUUCUUCGUCAUGUCGUCCAGCAUCCUGGCGUCCCCGUCCAGGAGGGGACAGAAGGGCACGCUGGUGGGUUAUUCUCCUGAAGGGACGCCUCUGUACAACUUCAUGGGGGACGCCCUGCAGCACACGUCGCAGUCUCUGCCGCGCUUCAUCAAAGACUCCCUCAAACAGAUCCUGGAGGAGUACGACUCCCGGCAGAUCUUCUACUUCCUGUGUCUCAACCUGGCCUUCACGUUUGUGGAGCUGUUUUACGGCGUUUGGACCAACAGCCUGGGGCUCAUCUCUGACGGCUUCCACAUGCUCUUCGACUGCUCCGCUCUGGUCCUCGGCCUCUUCGCCGCCCUCAUGACCCGCUGGAAGGCCACGCGGAUCUUCUCCUUCGGGUACGGUCGAGUCGAGAUCCUCUCGGGGUUCAUCAACGGCCUCUUCCUGAUGGUCAUCGCCUUCUUCGUGUUCAUGGAAUCGGUCACGCGGUUGUUGGACCCCCCCAACAUAAACACAGACAUGCUGACGCCCGUGUCUGUCGGAGGCUUGCUGGUCAACCUGGUGGGCAUCUGCGCCUUCAGUCACGCUCACUCUCACGGCAGCAAAAGCUGCUCGUCGCACGACCACGGACACUCGCACCACGGACACUCGCACCACGGACACUCGCACGGCGAGCACAGCCACGGAGGUCACGGAGGUCACGGACACGCCCACAGCUCGGGGAGCAGAGGCAUGAACGCCAACAUGAGAGGUGUUUUCCUCCACGUUCUGGCCGACACGUUGGGCAGCGUCGGGGUGAUCAUCUCCACCGUCCUCAUUCGUCAGUUCGGCUGGUUGAUCGCCGACCCGAUAUGCUCGCUCUUCAUCGCCACGCUCAUUUUCCUCAGCGUCAUCCCUCUGCUGAAGGACGCCUGUGAAGUCCUGCUCAUACGAGCCCCACCGGAGCACGAGAAGAGCCUGAACGCUGCGCUGGAAAAGAUUGAGAAGAUUGACGGAGUUCUGUCGUACAGAGACCCACAUUUCUGGAGGCAUUCAGCCACGCUGGUGGCCGGGACCAUCCACCUUCAGGUCAUGUCUGACGUGGUGGAGCAGAGGAUCGUUCAGCAGGUGACGGCCAUUUUGAAAGACGCGGGGGUGAACAACCUGUCGGUCCAGGUGGAGAAGGAGGCGUAUUUCCAGCACAUGUCCGGACUCGGCACCGGAUUCCACGAAGUUCUGGCCAUGACCCAACAGAUGGAGUCCAUGAAAUACCUGCACGACGGGACGCUUAUCAUGUAGCGAAGACGGACCAACUGUAUUUUUCUUGGAACUGUACGCGUUUU